AACCCCCUCUUCUCUCUCUCACCUGUAGUUCCACAAUCCACAACUAUAUUCCCCAUCUCUUUCUCCAUCUCUUUCUCUUCCUCCACCACUACUAUUCAGCUAUAAAAGAAAAGAAAAGAAAAGAAAAAAAUUCUUAUAUAAAUUAAUAAUGGCUGUAUCUGGUUUUGAAGGCUUUGAGAAGCGGCUGGAGCUCCACUUCUUUGGAGAUGAUCCGGCCGUGACGGAAAUGGGUCUUCGGCAGCUGGACUUCGGGUCACUAGAACAAGUCCUGGAUGCGGUGCAAUGCACCGUGGUCUCGGCCGUAGGCAAUUCCUAUUUCGAUGCCUACGUGUUGUCGGAGUCCAGCCUCUUCGUCUACCCCACAAAGAUCAUCAUCAAGACGUGUGGGACCACCCAGCUACUCAAAUCCAUCCGUCCGUUGCUCCACUACGCACGCCACCUCGGCCUCACUCUAUGCUCCUGCCGCUACACUAGGGGUAGCUUUAUCUUCCCCAAGGCUCAGCCAUUUCCGCACACCACCUUCAAAGAAGAAGUUAUCUGCUUGGAAGAAAGCCUCCCUACCAAUCUCUGCUGUAGAAAAGCCUCCGUUAUGCCCUCCAAAACCCCCUCUCAUUCUUGGCAUGUUUUCACUGCUAGCGAUGAUGCGCAUGUUCCCGGCGUGUUAUACACGCUCGAAAUCUGUAUGACAGAGCUCGACCGCGUCCUCGCUCGCAAGUUCUUUAAGCGUCCCGGCGACGAGAAGACAGGCGACACCGCCGGAAAAGAGAUGACCCAGCUGACCGGUAUCGGAGACAUCAACCCCGGCGCUCUUAUUUGCGACUUUGCGUUCGAUCCCUGCGGGUACUCCAUGAAUGGGAUUAUCGACGGCGACCGCUACUCCACCAUCCACGUAACCCCCGAGGACGGUUACAGCUACGCAAGCUUCGAGUGCGUGGGGUCCAUCUACGACGACCAUGACGACGUCGUCCAGAUUUUGCAGAAGGCAGUGCAAGUUUUCCGGCCGGCGACGAUGUCCGUAUCGACUACAUGCACUAGCCACGAGGUGUGGACGAGGGUGGCGGGUGCGCUCGAGCCGCUUGGAUUGAAAUGCCGGAGUUGCGCAAUGGAUGACUUCCCCGCCGCCGGGAGCGUCGUGUUUCAAACGUUUACGACUCGCCGGAAGUAAUUAAGCCAAAAAAAAAAAAAAACCCAGACAGCGGUGGUUGUGGUGGCGGUAGAUAUGGAAGGAGCGGAAGAGAGUUAGAGACGUAGAUGAAUUAGUUGAAAAUUGUAGGGCGGGUGAUGCGUGAUGAUAAUGACGUGGAAGAAGGUGAUUGGGUGAUGAGGGUGAUGAAUGUGGGGUUGACUUGUGUAGAAAGAUUAAAAAAAAAAAAAAAAAAAAAAGGAUUAGAGAUGAGGAGGGUGAUGUGGUAAGUAGCUGAAAAGGUUGGUGGGAUACUGGAAUCAUCAUGAUAAGGCACCCCACUUAGGCUUGCACGCCUAAGAUUUUGAGGAUGGUAGUGGGGAGAGUAAAAGUGCUCAUGUUUGAGGUCAUAUUGAACUUUCUCAAUCUCUAUGUUCUAUUCUUUUUCUU